UAAAGGUACUGAUAAGAUAAAUCUAUUUGCAGGUCACAAUGGCGGCAGUUGCAUGGUCGAAGUCACUCUCUCUAGACCGAAGUUCGUCACUGCACUGUACCAACAACAAGAAACCAUUCGGGACACUCCCAGUUAACAUCAGUUUACAAAAUAUACAAGAAAAGUAUUCCGAAUUGGAACGAGUCAAACGCAAUAUUGUAAACUCCAGAAGGUUGUUUCUAAAACUGGAAGACAGUGAGGUGGAUGCAGCGAAAGAGAAAUCAGAAGAGCAACAAAGUGCAGAUCGUAAAGAGAAUGUGAUCGAUAAGAAAAGAGCUCACAGAAAGGUGAGUUUCAAGUGCAAAAAGCCGUCCAACAUUUAUUGGAAGCCGAAAACAAGUGCCACUGAUGUUAAUGUUACCGUUGCACAACUCACUUCCCGAUUUAAUCAGAUGAUAAAUGGCAGUAACAAAAUCGAAGAAGAACGUACCAUUUCAACCGAAGAAAUUCGAUUAACCCGUGCAGCGAAUAUGUCCAGUCAUAAACGAGUACAUAGGAAGCCAAGCGUUAAAACAAAACCAUUAUCUGAACAUAACAGGCCUUCUACCAUUCCGAGAUCGAAACAUUUUAUGAAAAAGAGACACGACUCGAAAAAAACCGGAACUGACACCGAUAAUAACGAUGCCGAUUCGCACAUCAAUACAGACAGUGAAGAAGUGAAAUUACGCAGUUCAGUUUCGAUAAUUUUGGAUGAUUCGUAUAUAACUAACACCAAGAGACAUGAGUUUCCUCCGAACGUUCGCGCUGCUAUCGAAAUUUUCGAGAAGGGAUCCACCCCCUACUCGACAUUAGAUCAUAGGAAAAGUACCAAAAAUGUGCCAAAACCACAAGUGCCUGAGAAAAUAGUUAGAAAUAGAACUAAGGACAUUGUGAUUAAAAAUGGUGUCUUAAUGUGGAAAGUAGUGCAACAAGUGGAAACGGACGGAAAUUCAAGUGAACUACAUGAACAGACUACAACUGAUGAUACCAUCGAAAGUGAAAAUCAAGUUAAUGUCCCAAAUACCGAGGAAACACCUACUGAACAAAUUUUACCUCCAAUUACUAAUCCAGAACAAGAACAAGACGAAGUAAAAUCUCAAGAAGAACCGCAUGCGUCUGAAUUAAAUGAGACCAACAAAAGUGAUGGCUUUAAUGAGACUGAUGAGCAAUUAUCAAUUCCAGUACAAAUAAUCAACAUUCCUCUGACGCCCCCAAAGAGGUGCGAUUCCAUUUAUGAAACUCAGCAGUUACGAAGAACGUCAUUAAAAUAUCCUUCUGGUGAAACGUCAGCACAACCGAACAGUUCGUUUCUUUGGAGGAAGCAGUCGCGAGAAAAUCUUAAAAAACUUCAAAAGAAAGACGAUGGCGAAAGCGUUAAUUCGUCAAUGGAUUCGAUUAAAACGGAUCGAUCAAAUUCCAGUGUAGAACAACUGUAUUAUCGAGUGAACAUUCCUAACUCUUCAUCGGUUACAAGCGAUCUCACGAAUUCUAUAGAAACACUUGACGGCUAUGAGAUUCCUCAGUUGAUAAUAAGUGAAGAAGAUGACACUUACGAUUUCGUAGACACAUCUUCAACGACAGAAGCCAAAGAAGAAAGACUUGAACCACCAGCUGUUCCACCCCGUCCUGCUAGUCUUCCGGGAAUCGCUAAUCGAACUUCCCCUUCUUUACAAAGGAUACAGAAAGAAUGUAGUUCCCCUCAAAUUGAACCCGUUAAUGUAUUGAUCGAAGACAGUCUUUCCACAAGUAUCCACAAAUAUGAAGAAUUAGACAAGACAACCGACGAUGGAUACGAAUAUUGUGGAAGUCCUUCUGGAGAUCCUACUAAGGUCAUUUACGAAAAGAUUCCAGUUCGGAUAAAAUCUGAUACCGAAGAUGGUUACGAAUAUUGCAGCAAAACAGACGUAAAAGACAGUGAAAGAAUUUACGAAACCAUUCCACAUAAUAAAGAUGAAAAGAAAAUUUCACCACAACCACCCCCUCUACUACCAAAAAAACAAGAACAGCCACUGCCACCGAGACCGCCGUCCAGGAGUUCGACUCUCAUGUCAUCAAAUUGCUACGAAUCGAUCUACAGCAGUAAAAAUGACAAAAAUUGCGAUAUCGACUAUAAUUACGAACUGAUUUGUGACGUUAAUAAGUGGAACUUACCAUCGAACAGACACUCGUUAGUAUCCUGUGAUCAACAAAGUAAUAGUAUUUAUGGACGGUCACUUACAGGUUGGCCUUCCGAAGAUGGAAGUCCAUACAGUGGAAAAGCCAACAGUGACCUUAGUGUAAGUGAUAAAAGUGACGAGUGGAUUGAUAUAUCGGAUAACGAGGGAAGUCUCUCCGGAAACACUGGCCUUGGCGUGAUAAAAAGAGAGAAACAAAUGGGUAAGAAGACUGGUUGGCCACAGAAGAUCCGAAGCCAAUGGAAUAAGAACCACAACGAAAAUUCAGAUGGGGAGAGCGAUUUGGACCAUCAUUACGAAAGUCUACCCGAACGAAAAGAUGAAUCUCUACAAAUUGCCGAAGAUUUUGAUUCAUUCGAAAGUGAUAGUGAAUCCGAAAACAGCUUUGCUAAAACUGACCGAAUUAACAGAGGCAUCAAUAUUACUGAUACCCAAUUACCAGAGCCGCCUUCUAGUCAACAAUACAAAUUCACAAAAUUUGCCGCAUCUGCAGGUAAAAAGAUGAAAAAGUUAAAAAGAAAUUUUACCCACAAUGACAUCGCCAUUUGGAUGGCUAGACGUUUUUCUGGGGUCGACGCCGACAUAACAGAGGAAAAGACAAAAGAUGACAAAACAGAGUCAUCUCAAAAAGUAAACGUAUCCCAAGAAUACGAGGUAUCAAAAUCCAUGUAUAACAUAACACAAGAAGUUAAACUGAGAUAUCCCGAGCGUUGUGUGGAUUCUGGAAACGUGACAUAUCAAAACGUCGAAUUUUCAUCUACCGAUAAUUCCGACCAGACUGCAAGUGACAGAAGUAAAAAUAGUACAAUCAAAAAGUCUAGAUUUUUAGAAAAGUUCAGGAAGAGCAUCUCGUUGUCUGCAGAUUCUGCUAACGAAUUGACUCAACAGCUAAAUAAACCUCGCAGUACUUUCUAUCUCACUAGUGAAAUUGAAUUAAGUGAUAAUUUAGUCACAGACAUGGGCUCUAAGUCUAGUUUGAAUUCAUUAGGCAACGACAAAAAGAAUUCACCGAAACACAGUGUCGAACAAAACUCUAGGAAUUCUGUUACUAUCCGGCCCAAAUGCCCUCCGCCUCCCGUACCAGUUGAUAACAAUCUACACAUAGAUAAAAAAUCUACUAGUAAGUCAACAUCAUCCUGGUACUCAGAUUAUAGUCUUUUCAAAAGUACGGAAAUUAUUAACAAAAGUCCUUCGACAAGUUGGUAUGCCGAAAUAGGUCUUUACAACACUUCAGGAAGUACUCCUAGCACGAGUUCCGCCGAAAAUAGUGGAACCAACACCAACAUUAACAUCCAAAAUAACGUAAACGAAAAUUUGGAUCAGAAAAUUAACGAACAGUAUUACAAUUUCAAGAACAAAGAAGAAAGCAACUAUUACAACGGAAGUAUUGACAGCUUUAGCAGCAGCGAAACCAAGACUGAAAAUAAUUUAGAUGUACCUCACACCGAUAUACAGUUACAUUUGGAAGAUGAGCCGUUAUAUCAGUUCUAUAAUGCUGCAAUCUUGGAGGUUGUUUGCAAAGACGCCACUUCGAAUUUUGACUACGAUGGUUACGAAGAAGUUGGUGAAAGACAAAAUUACGAAACGUACUCAGGCUCAAGACCAACUGCAAUGCAAAUUAUAGCACCAAAUCGUAAUGGCGUUACGGUUGCACGGACCUUGUGGUGCGAAAUACCCGAAGUUCUCCAGUCCACAGUGCUAAGUACACUGAGUACGCAUCAAAAGAAAAUUCAAGAAGCCAAAUUUGAAAUGAUGACUUCUGAAGCUUCAUAUUUGAACUCUUUAAGUGUUUUAACCGAUCAUUUCAUUAAAAAUCUGGAUAAAAGUGAAUUAUUGACACAGGAAGAGAAGGAAAUUUUAUAUGGGAAAAUUCCUGCUGUAAAGAAAUGUUCCGAGAAACUAUUACUAGAUUUGGAAAAAUGUUGGCAGGAUAAUAUUUUACUUCAUGGUAUAUGUGAAAUUGUUCAAAAACAUACCGAGGAAAAUUUUUACGUCUACGUUUCAUACUGCGAAAAUCAAAUUUUAUUAAAUCGAACAUUACAGCUAAUAAAAGAUCGACCAAACUGCCAAGAGUUGUUAAAACAUUUGGAAUCUAGUCAUGCAUGUCAAUCAUUGACGCUUUAUUCUUUUUUAAUGCUUCCAAUGCAAAGAAUUACCCGAUGGCCCCUUCUUUUAGAUGCCCUUUUAAAACGAUUAUCUCCACAGGACAGUGAAUUCCUUCCUUGCCAACAUGCAUUGGCCACGAUAAAUAAGAUCGUUACUCAAUGUAACGAAGGUGCUCGAAGAAUGGAAAGAAUAACAGAAAUGAAAAAAAUCGAAGAUCAAUUAGAAUUCAGUAAAAAUAUGGCCCCUUUCAAAAUAGCAAUUGAAAAUCGAUGGCUAGUUAGAUCGGGACCUGUUACUCAAAUGGUAGCAAGAAAUGACGACAGCAAACUUACUUUUGGCAAAAGAUUCUUAAAAAUUCCUCUCUAUCUAUUUCUAUUUAACGAUAUGCUAAUUGUCACCAAAUCUAAAGGAGACGAUUCGUAUAACAUUUUACAUUACUGUAUGAGGAGUUAUAUCGAAUUAAAUAUAAACGAAAUAAUACCAUCAAUGCCUACAAAAGACGUGCAGGGAAGAAAUUUAUUUUUUCUAACGUUACUAGAAAAUCAUGAUGGUAAAACGGUAGAAAUGUUAUUGUCUUGUGCUAGUGAAAGCGAUAGAGAAAGAUGGAUAGAGGCUUUAUCUCAGCCAAAAUCCGAGGAUCCCAAUGAGACAUUAUAUGAAUGUUGGGAUUGUCCUCAGGUGACUGUUGUUCAUUCGUAUGUAGCAAAUCAACCUGAUGAAUUGAGUUUGUCACGAGGAGACGUUCUAAACGUGACAAGGAAAAUGGCAGAUGGUUGGUAUCAUGGGGAAAGAAUUCGAGAUGGUCAAAGUGGGUGGUUUCCUUCUAAUUAUACCGUCGAAGUAGCUAACCCCCACGUAAGAGCGAGAAACUUAAGACAAAGAUAUAGACUGUUGGCCUUAUCAGAGAGUUAUUUAAAGUCAAAAUAAUUAAUUGUAAGCCAUCAAGUGGUUUUAAUGUGUCAAAAAUUGUUUAAUGUAAAUAAUAAUAAAUAAAUACCCCGUGUGUAUAGCGCUGUUGUAUAAAUUGUUAAUCUCUGAAAUAUUUUGAUAUCUACAUAUGUAUAUUUGUAUUUUGGUGAUAUUAUGCACACACUUAUGUGGCACAUUUAUUCUAUGUUGGCGUGUGUCGCAAAAUGAAAAUGAAUUGCGUUUAUAUUAUAUUUUCAAAUAAAUAUUUCUUUUUAAU